UUAGAAGUGCGUCACACUAUUCUAUUGUUAAUUUAUUUUUUUUAUGACCAUUCUUAUGUAACAAUUGUCCCACCUUCGAGUGUUUGAAUUUUUCCGCCGAGAAAAAAACAGUGUAAUGAACAUGCGCGUAAUUAACUGUGUUUGCUCACCAAAACAUUCGAUUUUUAUUCUUGUCAUUUUUGUUCAAAUACAACUCUCCCUUUUAUGAUAUGUAAUAAUAAUAAAAAAUAAUCAAACAAAACUAUAGAAAAAUAUAAAAAUUUACCAAUAUUUGAAUUAAUAGUUAAAACAAAAUUCCAUUUAAUAUUUUGUUUACAUACAAGAAAUAAUUACUUUUUUUAUCAAAUUUUGAUAAAACUCGGUGAGUUAAAAUGCUUUGAGAUAAAAUUCAAAUUAACAAUUACACUCUAAACGACAACGACCUCGAAUACUUUUUUUCAAUUGAAACAUUAAUGUAAUGUAAUUGCUGGCCUAACAAUGUAUUAUACAAAGUCUAACAAGAUUAAAUUUUCAAGAUUCAAUAAGCCACGUAAUUGAUUCAGUUCAUCAAGUCCAUGGCCAGAGCGGUGAGAGCUUGAACAUGGUGUGAGUUUCAUUUCAUCUAUAUACAAUAUAAAUGAUUCCGGUAGUGCAUAGGUCAAAAACUUAUAACUAUAUGACUAAUAUCUCGUGUCGGUUCUUUGAGAAUAAAAUAGUGAUUCUAUUCGUAUGAUUCGUAUUGAGUUUGAGAAUAUUUUCGCGCAGGUAUGAAAAAUUCUCUCUAAAAAAAAGAAAUUGACCACGUGAUUUAACAAUGAUCCUGAGAUCAAAGUUUUUACCUGUGAAACUGGAUAUUCGGCAAAUUUGGGAUUAGAUACAACAGAUUUUAUGAUGACACAAAAAGAUUGAAAUUACCAAGAGAAAAAAUAUAUGCGUAAAAAAAUGUUUGAAGACUACUUGGAAUAUUUGAAAGAUCCACAUUUAGUUGCGAAGAUACAAAAUUUUUUUGGUGUUGAAAUUCAUGAGGAAUGCCAAGUGAAUGAGGAUAAUCCGGAAGGGAAAAUCUUUACACGAAAUGAGAAAAAAGUGGAGAAAAUUUACAAUGGUAUUAAUAAUAUAAAAGCGGAAUCAAAUGGUUAUUUUAAGGAAGAAACGAAUGAUGAUGAUAAUGAUGAUGAUGUUGCAGAAGAAUUUUUAGCUACAGAAAAGGAGAAUAUUGACGAAAAGAAAGCAACAAUUACAACGAAUUCUCCGCCCAAGUUUGCCAUUAAAAAUUCAUUUUGGUAUUAUUUGUUUCUAUUUGGAACUGAAUUGGGAGAUGAGAUUUUCUAUAUUUCCUUUAUACCUUUUUGGUUUUGGAAUGUCGAUGGACCAGUUGGAAGGAGAGUUUUUCUCGUUUGGUGUAUUAUUAUGGUGAUCGGACAAGCGCUGAAAGAUAUAAUCUGCUGGCCAAGACCAGCCUGUCCGCCUGUUGCGAGACUACAAAAUAAAUGGUCCCAGGAAUAUGGAAUGCCAUCGACUCAUGCAAUGGUUGGAAUGUCAAUACCAUUUAGCGUCUUAAUUUAUACAAUGAAUCGAUAUAUUUAUUCAUUUCCAGUGGCGUCUUUCAUUGCGACAACCUGGUGUGCAGUGGUGUGCAUGAGUCGAUUAUACCUCGGAAUGCAUACAGUACUAGACUUAAUUGGAGGGCUUGCAUUGGCAAUUGGUUUGAUGAUUCCCUUAGUGCCAUUAAUAGACAUAACUGACCAUUAUUUUCUGACGAACGGCUGGAUAUUGUCAAUUUUAAUCAUUCUCACUAUUGUCACUAUCAUUUAUUAUCCAAAAAGUGAUAGAUGGACACCGACCAGAGGAGACACAACAAUGGUAGUUUCCGUAACCUGUGGCGUCCACUUUGGUUCAUGGUUAAAUUUCACAACAGGUGCUUUAUCCGAAUCACUAUUAUCACCACCGUAUGAAGUAAAUUGGCCAACAUAUCAAACAUUAGCUUUAAUUAUUUUUCGUACAAUUUUUGGCUUUUGUUGCAUAAUAUUCUUGAGGGGAGUGUGUAAAUCUCUCAGUUAUUCGGCAAUGUGUGCGAUAUUGCGAGUCAAUUCAAAGGAACUAAUUAAAAGUGAAAAUUCAUUGAAAAAUAAAAAUAAAGUAAUUGUCGAUCUUUUUUAUAAGUACGUAACUUAUUUUAUAGUUGGUUUCAAUAUUGCUUAUUUAAUGCCAAAAAUUUUUUCAAUUAUCGGUAUUGGAAGAAAUACAUUUUACACUGAAAUGUAAGGAAAAAAAAGUUUCGAUUUAAUUAAAAUUUGUAAAAAAAAGGACGAUAAUGAAAUUUGCACGCACUUUUGAAAUUUUUGUAAAUUUGCACAAUUUUUAAAGAGAAUUUUCUUUUUAAUGAUUUUUAUUUUACAGUACUAGUCAUCACUUUGGUUUGAUUAUUUUGACUAGAUAGUGUAAAUAUGUAAGUAUAGAAAAAACACUAUUGCGUUUUUCAUUUAUGUAAAUAUAUUUUAAGAAAUGUUUCUCUUUGCAUUUUUUUAUAUGACUUUUUAGUAUUUAAGCAGUUUUAAUGAGAAAAUAAAAUACACAUUAUGCACGUUAAAUUGAAUUUAACGAAAACGUAACGAAAAUAAAUCUAAUACUGAAGUAAA